GUGAUCAGUGGAGAGGAGAAAACCAACUGAGAGGGCAAAGCAAAAAGAAAAAAUGAGAAACAUUUACAUGAGGCAGGUGAGAUUGAAUAAUGGCGUAUGGAUGCCAGUGGUUGGUUUGGGCACUUAUUCCUCUGAAAAUGAUUCAGAGACUACUCAACAAGCGGUCCGAAUGGCACUCCAGAUGGGGUACAGGCACUUUGAUACUGCUAAGAUAUAUGGCUCGGAGCCUGCUUUAGGAAAUGCAUUGAGGAGUGCAAUUUCUGAUGGGAUGAUUCAGAGAGAAGACGUCUUUGUUACAUCUAAACUAUGGAGCAGUGAUCACCAUGAUCCCGUCUCUGCACUUGAGGAAACUCUCCAGAAGCUCGGGUUGGAAUAUGUGGACCUAUACUUGGUCCAUUGGCCGGUGAAGUUGAAGCCUGGAGUUCUUAAUCCAGUUCCCGGCGAAGAGGAUUUCGAUAUACUAGACCUGCAGAGCACUUGGUUGGGAAUGGAGAAAUGCCUAGCAAUGGGUUUGUGUAGGUGUAUAGGGGUCAGCAAUUUCUCCAGCAGGAAGGUUCAGCAACUUUUGGAUUUUGCCACUGUGCCUCCUGCUGUCAAUCAGGUGGAGAUGCAUCCGAUGUGGAGGCAAAGAAAGCUAAGGGAGGUUUGCAGGAAACACAACAUCCAUGUCAGUGCAUAUUCCCCUCUUGGGGCACCUGGAAAUUGCUGGGGAUCAACGGCCGUGGUGGAUCAUCCCAUCCUAAAAUCUGUUGCCCUAAAACACAAAGCAACACCAGCUCAGGUUGCUUUAGCAUGGGGCAUGUCAAAAGGAUCUAGUGUAAUCGUGAAGAGCUUCAAUCAGAGGAGAAUGAAGGAGAACAUAGGAGCCCUUCAUUUGGCAUUGGACGACUCUGAUACUCUCAAAAUUCAGAAGAUGGAAGAAUGGAAGAUCAUGAGGGGGGAUUUUUUCACCAAUGAAACAACCAGCCCCUAUAGGACCAUUCAAGAUCUGUGGGAUGAUGAGAUUUGAGGAUUUUGUUUCUCUUUAGCUGUCAUCUGAUCGGAUAUUCCGUGAAACCCUUGAGAAAUUCCUAAUACCUUUCGAAGCACGACUACAUAAUUUAUAAAAGCAAGUUGUUCCCAUAAAGGGAAAAUAUGGAUCCGAUUCUGUGUGAAUAAGAGAUCAAAUUGACUAGAAUCCACCCCCAAGAAUGUACUUCCUGGGAAUUGUGAUAUAAUUCACCAAAAAUUAAGAAAGAAGAGGACCAAGUGUUUCAAGUUUGGAAAGCUACAUCCAUUCGCUA